AAGAUCAACGGCGGUUGACGAGGAACGCUCUCGUCAGUUCGGCCCGAGCACGGAAGCGAAUAAACACAAAGUCUCUGAUCAGAUCGCACAAUAAACUUUUGACGAAAUAUUUGGCCGGGUGCUGGAACCUCUUAAUUGUUCGGUGACGAGUGAAAAUAGUUGUAAAAGCGAUAAAACUGUUGAGUAGAAUACGAAAUUUUAUUGAAACGAUUUAAAACAGCGAAUCCGAACGACACAAAAAUUUGUAACGACAUGACGCGUCUUUGAUCAGAGACUUGAAAAUUUCUAUCAUUUUUAUUUGAUCGAUGAAUUCAGAAGCAUUUUAAAAUAGUCACUUUUAUGGGCAAACGUUCGAGUGAGGUUUUCGCAAAUUUCAAGACACCACAAAAGAUCAUUUGAGAGCCAGGAGCAAGUGUGGAUCUAGCGCAACAUCGAUUCGUCACGAGGCGACAAACGACCUGAAAUUCCUCACGAGAAAACGUACGACGAGGCAUUUUUUCACGGGUACUCGAACCGUGAAUCCAAACGAUUGGACACCAGAAUCCGCACGAAUUUCUCGGCACGUCGAAGCACCAUGAACAGCCUCAAGUACCUGCUCCUCGGCGCGGUCCUGGUGAUGGAAAAAUUUUCUCAAAUCGAAGCUGCUUACGGGCUCGUCGAGCCUCCUAAUCGUGGCAUGGUCUACGAGAAAGUUUGCCCUCGGGCUCUGGACGACGAUUGGCACGAAUACAGAUGUGGAAAGCUCUGGGUCGAAGACAACCUCUUGUACAGAACGAAACCUGUGGAGGGUGAAAUAUGCGCGGCCUGUGGCGACCUUUUACAGGAUAUCCAGCCACGACCAUUCGAAAACGGUGGCAAGUACGGACGGGGCUUGAUUGUCCGGAGCUAUGCAGCCGGAUCAAUAAUCAAGGUUGUCGUUAGAAUGAGAACGCAAAAAGAUGGCUAUUACGAAUUUUGGGUAUGCCCGCUGCAAAACGAGACGAUGAUUGAAACCGAAGCGUGCUUUGACCAAUACAAACUUACGAACCUCAGUGGCGAAUACCAAAUUCCGCGCUGGGGCGACAAUAAUUUAACGGAAAUGAACCUCCACCUGCCCCAAAAUCUCACUUGCGAUCACUGCGUUCUUCGAUCGCAAUUCGUCACCAUGAACAAAUUACCCUGUAACGAUGGACGGUUAUCUUUUACUUGUGGGGAACAGCGCGUUUACCGCACUUGCUCCGAUGUCAAGAUCCAAUAAAUUUAAUGCUCGUGUGUAUUUUUAAGGAAUCGUGUUUAAUGUGUAUACUUUGAAAGGAUCGUGUUUUAUGUGUAUUUUAAAAGAAUCAUGUUUUAUGUGUGUUUUGAAAGAAUUGUACUCCGUCGAAAAGAAAUAAAUGUUUGACUCCGAACGGAGGUUCCUCGAUGACAAA